CCUCUCUGUAUCAUACUUUGUCAGUGGUUAUGUGACAAACAACAUGGCAGAAUGACCUUGGGUUUGAGCCCGAAACUCUCCCCUAUUUUCUUUGUAAAAAUCUAAAGAUGAAUGAAGAAUAUUCUCUUCCACUGUAUGCAGUAACCGGAAAGUAAGGUUAGACAUCUACAGUUGAUGCCGUCAUCGAUUCCUCCAAAGAGAUUCUUUCAUACGUAGAUAGGCCUUGAACACCUAAAGUGUCGUUCCAUAGUAGAAAACUGAGUAUUACCAGCCAGGAUGCCGGCCCCAGAAUUACCAGACCUGCCACCGAGCUUCAAGAGCAUUCAGCCCUACUUGAAGAUCGCAAACGAACAUGAUCAACGUGAUUCGGUUGUCAGUUACUGGGCCCGUCUCUACGCCCUGCAAACAGCUAUGAAACUCGGUGCAAAGGGCCCAGAAGAGCGUAAUUUUCUAAUCAAACUCAUGGACUGGCUUGAAGUCAUGAAAAAAGAGCAACACGAGAAUGAGGCCAUAACUAACGAGGUUGCUGCACAGGCACAUUUGGAAAAUUGGGCACUUAAACUAUUCCUGUUUGCUGACAAGAACGAUCGUGCCAGUAAUUUCACCAAAAACGUUAUACAGAGUUUUUACACAGCUGGACUGCUGUACGAUGUGCUGACAACAUUUGGGGAACUGAGUGACGAAGCAGCACAGAAUAGAAAAUAUGCAAAAUGGAAGGCUGCUUACAUUCAUAAUUGUUUGAAGAACGGAGAGACUCCAGUGCCAGGUCCUGUCAACUCCGAAAAAGAUGACACCGAGGAAGCCCCUCCAAAACCAGAUGAAGAAUGUGAUAACUCUGAGGAUGAUAAUGAAGUGGAAAAACUGGAGGAAAAUCCAGCAGCCGGACCCGAGGGUUCUGAUGCUCCCGAGAACACACCAGACGAAAAGGACGAUGCUGAAGCAGAGUUGGAAUCCAAAGGGGAAACCCCUGAGGUCGAGGAGGAAGUCAACGAACCUCGGCCACCUGCAUCCGAUAAUGAAGACGAUGAAGCCGAGCCAUCUCAACCUACACCGCCACCUCGUGCCGACCCUUACGGGUUCCCGUCACCUCCAGUGGCUACGAAUCCUCCUUCGACUCCUCAACCUUACAAUCCUCCGUCGACUCCCAUCGCCACGAAUCCCUCGACUAAUUAUUCGUCUACAUUAACUGCUGGUGACAUUACUUUGUCCGCAGAACAAAUGACAAAAGUUCACAAAUAUAUCAAAUGGGCUGGUAGUGCAGUAAAUUAUGACGAUGUUCCAACAGCGGUGCAAAACCUUCAGAAGGCCCUCCAUUUGUUAACAACAGGACAAGAUUCUUGAAUAAUUUAUGAGGUAUAUUCUACUCUGUGCACUUAUUCGUUUAUACUGCAAAAAUCUAGAUUAUUACUAAUAUCUAUGAAAAAAAGACCGGAUAACAAAUGAUUGGCGUACUCGCGUUCCAAAUGGAGACAUUAGAAAACUUUAUAAUUGUAAUUUGGCCUAUUUUUUUAUGAAGUCGCAACUACGUCUCUCCAUCAUAGAAAUGCUUGUAAAUAAUUGAACAAUAUAAUAAUAUAAAUUAAUUGCUAGCAGAAAUAAAAA